AUGGGAGACCCUUCCCCCUCCUCCGCCGCCGCCCCUCCGCCUCCUCCCCCGCCGUCGUCCGCCCUGACCCUCGUCCAGCCCUCCACCAAGAAAAAAAGCCGGCCCGUCAAGGUCUUCCGCGCCUUCCGCAACGUCUUCCGCUCCUUCCCCAUCAUCACCCCCGCCGCGUGCCGCCUCCCCUCCCUCCCCGGCGGCCGCCUCCCCGACGGAAAAGUCUCCGGCGGCGCUCGCGUCACCGGUACCCUGUUCGGCUACCGGAAAGGCCGCGUCAGCCUCUCCCUCCAAGAGAACCCGCGAACCCUCCCCACAGCCGUUGUGGAGCUGGCAAUGCAAACCCAGGCCCUACAGAAAGAAAUGGGCCUCGGAAUGGUCCGAAUUGCCCUCGAGUGCGAAAAAAGGCCCGAUAAGGAUAAAACAGAGCUUUUGGACGAGCCCUUAUGGACCAUGUUCUGUAACGGGAAAAAGGCCGGUUAUGGGGUCCGAAGGGACGCAACAGAGGAGGAUUUGCACGUCAUGGAGGUUCUCAGGGCCGUGUCUAUGGGGGCAGGGGUCUUACCGGGCCUGGCCGAGGUAGAUGGAGAGAUGGCGUAUAUGAGGGCCCAUUUCGAUAGGGUUGUUGGGUCAAGGGAUUCCGAGACGCUCUACAUGGUGAGCCCGGAUGGGAAUCAGGGGCCCGAGCUCAGUAUCUUUUUCGUCCGGGUAUGA